GCGAGAUCUCGCCUUGCGGCCCUGACAGGCGGGCGUGCUUUCCGGGGGGUUAUGGGAGGAUUUUGGUGUCCGGGAUGGAGGUCGGUGGCUCUGUGCGGCCGAUGCUGGAGCCAGCCCGGAUGGGCGGGCUGGACUGUGGCGAAGUCGGAGCCGGUUCUUAGGCCCGGCUGGAAGGGGCUUGGAGGUGCCGGGCGGGGCCUGAGGCGGCUCGGGACAUGGGAGCGUCCGAGCGGGGUCCGCGGUCCCGCCGCUCAGCCGCCCAGGCGGCCGAGGAGCAGCAACCCGUACCAGCGCGCGCAGGAGGACGAGUGGCGGCGGCGGAACAAGACGGUGCUCACCUACGUGGCCGCGGCCGCCGUGGGCAUGCUGGGGGCCUCCUAUGCCGCCGUGCCCCUCUAUCGGCUCUACUGCCAGACUACUGGACUUGGAGGAUCCGCAGUGGCCGGGCACUCCUCCGACCAGAUUGAAAACAUGGUGCCCGUUAAGGAUCGAAUCAUUAAGGUCACCUUUAAUGCCGACGUGCAUGCCAGUCUCCAGUGGAACUUCAGACCUCAGCAAACAGAGAUAUAUGUGGUACCAGGAGAGACUGCACUGGCAUUUUAUAAAGCUAAGAAUCCUACUGACAAACCAGUAAUUGGAAUUUCUACAUAUAAUGUUGUACCAUUUGAAGCUGGACAGUAUUUCAAUAAAAUACAGUGCUUCUGCUUUGAAGAGCAAAGGCUUAACCCACAAGAAGAAGUAGACAUGCCAGUGUUUUUCUAUAUUGACCCUGAAUUUGCAGAAGAUCCAAGAAUGGUGAAUGUCGAUCUCAUCACUCUUUCUUACACCUUUUUUGAAGCAAAGGAAGGGCACAAGUUGCCAGUUCCGGGCUAUAAUUGAAGUAGAUUCUAAGGCCUGCUUCAGAUUUGUGAUUUUUGGAAAAUCAUGUAUUGUGCUUUCUCAGAAGAGAAAUAUUCUACACUAAUGUAUAUUGAAACCUUGUAUUCUAA